CGCGUGUCGCGUACUGAGCUUGAAUUGCGUCUACAGCGUUCGUGUUCUCUUCUCGUUCGCAAGCCAGCUUGACAAGAUGUUUGUACUUCAAUAAAGAGGUUUGCACCAUGUCUUGGCCCGAUGGCGCCAUACCGCCCUGACUCUACAGCGAACGCAGUUAUCAGUACAUUUUACCAGCAACUGGCGUCCAUGAGACACGCACUCGCUCCUUUCGCAAGAUCCACAUAUUUCUAGCAUAUACAGUACCCAGUGGUGGUCCCUUAGGCACCCAAUAUGUGCAGAUUCAUGGUAUACAAGGGCAAGGACGAGAUCCUACUCUCUGAGCUCAUUCUCAAUCCCUCGCACUCAAUUCUCACACAAUCGUUCGACUCGCGCCUUCGUUUGGACCGUCGGCGCCCUCACAACGGCGAUGGCUUUGGCAUUGGCUACUAUACCUCGCCCUCCUUGGGCCCAGAGCCCUGCGUCUUCACGUCUACAAUCCCAGCAUGGAACUGCAUCAACCUGUCCCGCAUAGCCUCCAAGACGACCUCCUCCCUCCUCUUCGCCCACGUCCGCGCCACCACCGAAGGCAACCUGUCCGAGCAGAACUGCCAUCCCUUCUCGUACAAACGUCUCAUGUUCAUGCACAAUGGCGGUAUUGGCUGCUUCAAGCAGAUCAAACGGAAGCUUGCUAUGAGCCUGAACGAGCAAUGGUUCACCCUCGUGCAAGGCUCGACAGACUCAGAAUGGGCGUUUGCUCUGUUCCUGGACUCUUUGGACAAGGCAGGUGUUUCUCCUGAUUCCGAGCCAGGAAAGAGCGGAUUCGGACACUCGGUGUUGCGCAAGGCGAUACUGAAGACGAUCGAGCGCAUCAAUGGGUUCAUACGCGACGUGGUAGGGGAGGAGAACAUGGGUAAUGCGGACAGCAGGAGUCUGCUCAACUUCGCGGUUACAGAUGGAGAGAGUGUUGUGUGCACGCGAUAUGUGAGCUCCACCACGGAUGAAGCUGCAAGCUUGUUCUUCUCAAGUGGCACAAGUUGGAAGCAACUCAAGGGUGACCACAGCCCAGACAGCGGGAAGCCAGAAGACGAAGACAGAAACUACGUCAUGGAGCGACGCGACAAAGGCUCAGAUAUUGUCCUCGUCGCUAGCGAGCCGCUCACAUUCGAGCGAGACAACUGGGUUACAGUCCCUACCAACAGUACUCUCACCAUCUCCAAGCAGACUGUCAUGAUCCAUCCCAUCAUCGACAGCUUCUACUCGCCGAACCCCGCGCACGAACGAUCCGCCGGCUUUGCUCAGGCCAAAGGACAGACGGUCACAGGGCCGGACAAACGCGUUUUGAACGACACAAAGACGCCAGGGAGCAGUGCUGGGAGUCCACACAGGAGUCUGAAUGCAGAUGAUCUCGUCAAUGGUGCUAUUCGCAGGCUGAGGGUGGAAUAGGCGUGGUCCGUUAGAGAAGACAUGACUGCUGCACAAGGUCUAAGGUGAAUGCAACGGGGGCUGGUAUGGUGCUAGCGACACACUCGUGGGCCAUGCAUUUUGCGAUGCCGCUCAAGCGUCCUAACAGAGGAGUAGGAGUAGGACUCUUGAUAAGGACUUCUUGUGGACGAGGAGCAGUACGUUUGCCAGCCGCGCAAUCAGAAGACGCCUCAAAACCACCUCUGAAACCAUGCGUUCCCUCGUAGUCGAGACCCGAAUAUACAGUUUACGUGUCG